AUGUUACUCACACGUACCGUUAAGCCGGCGCUCCUGAACGAAGGCAGCAAAGGAGCUGAAAUCAUUCACAAUCUUCCUCCAAGCCCACCCGUGGAAGAGCUACGAACACCAUAUAUAAUUGACGAUGUUUUGAAAAGCCUAGUACGAGACACGCCUCAUGAGCCUCUUGUAGGGUACCCCGAAAGUCCACAUGGAGUCACCGAUUAUGUGUAUUAUACUCCAAGUGAUCUGGACAGAUUCGCAAAUGGUGCUGUCAAGGAGUACAAACGAGCCGGACUUGAAGAGUUUUCGCACCCAACUGAGAACCGCGUAGUCUCCAUCCUUGGCCCAUCGAAUCUCGAUUACAUCGUGUCUCUCUUUGCAUUAUCCCGAAUGGGGUAUUCAGUUCUGUUACUUUCAACACGUCUUAAUACCACUGCAUAUGCCAAUCUUCUCGCCCUUACCAAAUGCUCGGAUAUUGCAUACGCCCCAUCUAGUAAGAAGACGGUUGAUGGGUUGGUGGAGCAUACCCCCGCCGCAACAUUUGCUAUCCCAGAAUUUGCACGAUACUCAAACGAAUCCUCUGGAUCAUCCCUUGAAACACAUAGCACGCCACAGACUAGCCAGAAAUGCGCUUUCAUCAUCCAUUCAUCCGGCUCCACUGGCCUUCCUAAGCCCAUUUUUCAGACUCAUGGCGCUUGCAUCUCCAAUUAUAGCACUAGUAAGGGCUACCGAGCUCUAGUCACACUGCCACUCUUUCAUAACCAUGGUCUUUCUACCUUUUUCCGUUCAUUAUUCAAACGAAAGGGCAUCUCCAUCUACAACGCUAAUCUCCCGCUGACUGGGAAAAAUGUGUUGGAGACAAUGAUGGUCACAGCCCCAGAGAGCUUUCACGGCGUGCCGUACGUCUUGAAACUCCUUAGUGAGACAGAUGGUGGCAUUGCUGAGUUAGCAAAAUGCGAACAGGUCCUUUUCGGAGGCAGUAGCUGUCCUGAUGCUCUUGGUGAUCUACUAGUGAAUUCGGGCGUCCGGCUGAUCAGCCAUUAUGGAGCUACUGAGCUAGGACAACUGGCGACUUCAGCUAGGCCUCGGGAGGAUAAAGCCUGGAACUAUGUCAGACCAUUUGAAAACGUGAAGCCUUUCCUCCAAUGGAAGCUCCUUGAAGAUGGUUCCUACGAAUGUAUUGUUCUUGAUGGGCUGAAAUCUAAAGUCGCCUCCAACUCUGACGCUCCUCCAAACUCUUUUCACACCCGCGACACUUUUCUCAAGCAUCCCUCCAUUCCCGAUGCUUGGAAAUACCUGGGCCGUAUUGAUGAUCGAGUUACUCUGGUCAAUGGAGAGAAGGUCCUUCCCGUGCCGAUUGAACAUCGUAUUCGCCAGAGCGUAUUUGUGCAAGAUAACCUCGUAUUUGGCGUUUCGAAACCGCUCCCUGGAUUGCUUGUGGUACCUAGUACAGACUGCGAGGGACUUUCUGAUGAUGAUAUUUUGGAUCGAAUUUGGCCCGAUAUCCAGGCUGCCAACCAAAAUUCUGAAUCUUUCAGUCAGAUCUCGCGCGACAUGGUCAUUAUUCUGGAUCAAUCUUGCUCUUACCCGAUGACUGAUAAGGGGACCAUGAUUCGCAACAAGUGCUAUAUGGAAUUCAACGAUCUGAUUGAGGCUACAUACCAACGUCUGGAAAAUGGCGAUGUUAUUAAGGGAGAGCGCCGGGCUUUAGAGCUGCCAGAGCUGACAAGUUUCGUACUAACCGGCCCCACAAUUUUUCUUUCACAAAAAUAA